AUGGAACAAGUGCAGCCACUCUCAAAAGAGAAAUCCCCAGAGGCUCUUCUCCCUGGAGAUGCGAAGGGCAAGGCGGCACCAAUAUCGAAUCCUUUAGUACUUGAAGCGAAGCUCUCUAAUGAUGAUCAUCGUGGAUCUGCACCCGUGAUCAAUUUAUCAAAUUCUCUCGAAAAACCUCCUCGAAAGAAAUCCGAAAAGCCGAAGCGAAAUUUCAACAAUACCAUUGCAACCCGGGCUUACGGUUGCAAGUACUGCGAUGCGGAGUUUGACACCGUGCAGUCGUUGGGGGGCCACCAGAAAGCCCACAGGCGUGAGCAUGCCGCAAAAAAGCGGGCGCAAGAGAUGGAUCGAAUCGCUAAUGCCUUUUCUCAGGUGAACCCUGAUUUUGACCCGUAUUAUUUUGUCCUGCAGGCAAUUCCUGUCCCGGGCCACCCGGUUGCCUAUGGACCUCUUACUUGGGGUGCACCUGCUGAUGUUAUCGGACCUGCCUACGGGGGGAUGCUGAAGCCGAUAACAAUAACGAACACCCAAGCCAUGGCAUGGCACCGACCUGCCAUGGCGAAUCAGCUAAACGAAAUGGUAUAUCAACCUAUUAAUGGUGACCCUAACUUUGGCACUAGGGUUUCUCCUCAGAGCACCGGACCGAGACCACCACUUGGCGAUGUUCUUGCCAACGGCAGUUCCUUGAGGAGCACUCAGGGACUCGAAAACGAGGGGCUGGACUUGUCACUUCGGCUCUGA